AUGAACUCUGCGAGGAAAGUUUUGCCAUCGUUGCUUGCCGCAUUAGACGAUGAGUCUUGGCGCACGAAAUGUGCCUCAGUGGAGCUGCUCGGAGCGAUGGCAUUUUGCGCCCCGAAGCAACUUUCAGCGUGCCUACCGAACAUCGUUCCAAAGUUAAUGGAAGUGCUAACGGAUUCACAUUCCAAAGUGCAAAAAUCCGGUGAAAAAGCGCUCAAACAGAUCGCCAAAGUAAUCCGCAAUCCGGAAAUCAUGAGUAUCAGCAAUCAGUUGUUGAUGGGCCUGACGGAUCCGGCCAAUAAGACAUCGUCAUGCUUACAGACAGUUGUGAAUACGAAAUUUAUACAUUACAUCGAUGCUGCCUCCUUAUCCUUAAUUAUGCCCAUUGUUCGUCGUGCAUUCUCCGAUCGGGCAUCCGAUACACGUCGUAUGGCAGCGCAAAUUGUCGCAAACAUCUAUUCAUUGGCCGAUUAUAAGCAAUCGCUGUUGGAUCCGAUCCCAGAAAUACGCACGGUUGCUGCGAAGGCACUUGGUGCCAUUGUUGGAUGCUCCUCGGGCGAUACGGCAUUGAAUUUGCGUGAACAAAUUGUACCGUGGUUGAAGCAGAAGCUUGUUUCGAACACAAGUGCCGUGGAUCGUUCAGGUGCUGCACAAGGCCUUGCCGAGGUAAUCCCAAGUAUUCUGAAAGCUUUGGCUGAUGAGAACGAAUAUGUUCGUGAUAGUGCCCUGAAAGCAGGUCAACGUCUAAUCGUCACCUAUUGCUCGCAUGCUCGACGACUACUGUUGCCACAACUACAAGCUGCUCUGUUUGAUGACAACUGGCGAAUCCGCCAUGCGGCCGUUACGCUGAUUGGCGAUUUCCUCUUCAAUAUCACUGGUGUAAGUGGAAAAAUGACAACGGCAACAGCAAACGAAGACGACACGAUGGGAAUGGAAUCAGCUGGCAGAGCGAUUAUUCGGCAGCUCGGACAGGCGUCCAGGUACGGAAAAAUUUGUUUUUUAAAAGUGUUCCAAUUCUCUCCAGGAUUUUUUAUAAGGAAGUCAAAAGACAUGUUUUCUGUGGCUUGA